AUGGAUGUUAAAAACCCCUUCCUCUUCACAGAGGAUGAAUACACUUCUCCACCAAUGGCAUCGAACCCAUUCUUACUCGAGGGCGACGAUUACCAAGAUGGUAAUACAACUAUGGAUAACCCAUUUUUAUCGCAAACUGCUACUUCCGUGUCCACAAACUCCACCAAUCCAUUUGCGUUUGACCCCAUGGAUUUGGAUCCGGCCGAAGGCGAGGUGCCCCAAGAGCCAACCAAUGCUUUCAUGGGCUAUACCAGUGCUAGCCAGCCGAGCUUUUUCAUGAACGAACCUGUGACUGUUACGGCAAGCAGUCAGGAUUUUUUCAGUACUGCGCAGGACGUCAUAGUGACCACUACGCCAGCUCAAAAACCCACAGAUUUAGACUUAAAAUACACCAAUGAUGUUGCCAAUGGCGGGCCCACUCGACCGCCACCGCCGCGACCUCCGCCAUCCAAAGAAACCCAGGAUUUGCUGAUGUCAGUUAUGGGUGCCAUGGAUGCCACCAGCUCUCAUUUACUCGACAAAAUACCGCCGACUCGUACGCCAAGUCCUGUUAACAUGAGAGAUCUGCAUUCGCCGAGCCCCACCCCAGACGCAACAUUUGGUGAUUUGCUGGACGUUAGUGACGCCAAAACUCAGCCACAAAACUUCACCAACGUCACGAACACCGACGAAGAUUUUCUAUCGCUGGGUAAUGACGUGAAUCAAAACCCGCCGGAACCGGAAGCAGUUGUGCCCCCGAUGCCUCAAAGACCGCCGGAACCGGUCAGAGCCCCGCCCCCGAUGAGGCCGCAGCCGCCAGUAAGGCCGCCAAGACCGCAACCUCCGGCAAUAGCGCAAGAGCCGCCUAAAAAACCGCCGCCCCCGAGAGCAGCGCCACCCGCGGUGGCCGCUAAACCGGCGCAGGACGAUUUCGAUAUGUUCGGUGAAGGCCCCAAACCGCCGGCUACGAACGCCGACAUACUGAACUUGUACAACGCCCCCAAGGAGGAAAGGGUUAGAGAUUUGUUGUUUGAUAACGUCGAACCGGAGGUUAACGCUGAAAUUAAUGUAGUGGAAAGUGAAAAGGAGAUAUCCCCCGUACAAACGCAGGAAAUUAAGGAAAGCUCCAGCACGUUCAUCUCCCCUGAGGUUACCCAGAACGAUCUGCAGAUGGAUACGAGUGACAGUCAGAGUAAAGGCUCAGUAUCGAGUGUUACAUUUAACCCCUUCGCGACCACGGAAGAUAAUGUAAGCCCCGUUGUACCGCCGGUUGGUCCACAAGACUUGACUCCGUUGGAGAACAACGUUUUCCAGCAGGACGUUACCCCGGUUAGUCAACCGAUGGAUAUUUUCGGCACCACUCAAUUGGUAUCGAACGCAAAUGCUUACGAUUACCCUCAGCCGCAUCAGCAAAGUAUCUUUUUAAGCGAACCGGAGCCGAUCAUACAAGACAAUUUCUACAGCGAUAACCAAACAACCGAUGAACCAAAAGCGGACGCAUUUAGUAAUUUUGGCGAGACGAACGAUGAAUUCGACGCUUUUGCUCAAAAAUUCGACUCGGUUGCCAAGGACGAGAAUCGCAACGGCGCCUUCGACAGUUUCGGGGAAGGUGGCGACGCCUGGGGAAACACCGCGAACGAAUUUGAAAGCUCGGCUUUCGGAAAUGACUCUGGAUUUGGUAACGAGGAAUCGUUCGAUGCUUUCUUGGCCUUGCAAGAACCUCCUGUCGUACCUCAAAGUACGCCUAAUAGGGUCUCAAAGGCCGGCUCGCAGGAAUCCGAUGAAGAGAAAGACUUCUCGGUCUUCAUACGGCCAAAAACCAACGAAGAUUUUAGUGGCGGGGUUAUGCCUGUAAUAGCCCCCCCUCCGGCUCACGUGCAAGCUGCCUUUACCGAUACUUCCCCGAGGUUUAAUCCAUUCGACCAAUCCGAGAUGGCAACCACUCAACAAGCAGACCCUGUAAUACCAUACGGUGACGGUGAAAUGAAACGCAGCGACUCGGCUGAGACACCACCAACGCCACUUUUCGAUGAAGAUGUUUCGCAACCCCUAGAACCAUUCCCCAGGAUAAACUUCGAGGAAGAAGGCUGGGAGAUGCAUCUUCGGCAACCGAAUAAGAAAAAAAUAACCGGACAAAGAUUCUGGAAGAAAAUAUGGGUGUGUCUAUCCUACCAACCGGACUGCGUUUUGCUGCAACUAUACAACCUGAAGGGCGACAAGGAUCCAUUCCAAGAACUCCCCCUGCAACCUUGUUACUCCGUUUCCGAUAUAGGCGCCCAACAGUACGAUCAGUUCGGGAAAAUAUUUACAGUAAAACUUCAGUAUAUCUUCUAUAAAGAACGUCCAGGCGUAAGGCCAGGACAAGUCAAAAAAGCCGAACGUAUUACCAACAAACUAUCCCAAUUUGCUGCCUACGCCAUACAAGGCGACUAUCAAGGCGUCAAAGAGUUCGGUAGCGACCUAAAGAAACUCGGUUUACCCGUCGAGCACGCGCCUCAAGUCUCCCAACUAAUGAAGCUGGGCUCCCUCAACUACGAAGACCUGAAACAGUUCUCCUUCAGCAUCGAGGAAGCUCUAUUCAAACUGCAAGCUCACAGAGAUAGAGCCUUGCAAUAUAAAAUGGAGGAGGUGCAGAUCACUGCAGUGGAUGAACUUUACGUUGAACAGGACUCAGACGGACAUAUCGAACGGCAAAUCGCCAGAGUGCGGCUAUUCUUCUUAGGAUUCUUGACUGGAAUGCCCGACAUCGAAUUGGGGGUGAACGAUAUGAGACGGCAAGGUAAAGAAGUGGUGGGACGGCAUGAUAUUAUACCUGUUGUCACUGAAGAAUGGAUUCGUUUGGAGAACAUUGAGUUUCAUAAUUGCAUUCAGCAAGAGGAAUGGGAGAGAAACCACAUCAUCAGGUUUAAGCCACCUGAUGCCUGCUACAUAGAACUAAUGAGAUUCAGAGUGAGACCUCCUAAGAACAGGGAAUUGCCUCUACAGUUGAAAGCCCAAAUUUGUGUUACGGGAACCAGGGUCGAAAUGAAGGCGGACGUAUUGGUGCCAGGUUUUGCUUCGAGAAAGUUGGGUCAAAUACCUUGCGAAGAUGUCAUGAUACGAUUCCCCAUACCAGAAUGUUGGAUCUACUUGUUCAGAGUGGAGAAGCAUUUCCGAUACGGAUCUGUUAAGUCUGCGCAUAGAAGAACCGGUAAAAUAAAGGGUAUUGAGCGUAUAUUGGGUACUGUUGAUACUCUUCAAGAAAACUUGAUUGAAGUAACCUCGGGACAAGCUAAAUACGAGCAUCAGCACAGAGCUAUAGUGUGGAGGUGUCCCAGGUUACCCAAAGAAGGUCAGGGGGCCUACACCACACACAAUAUGGUGUGCAAGAUAGCUCUGACAAGUUACGACCAAAUGCCUGAGAAGUUGGCCGAGUAUUGCCACGUGGAGUUUACGAUGCCAGCCACGCAAGUCAGCCAUAUGACUUGUAGGAGUGUUAGUUUGCAGAACAGUGACAGCGAUGAGCCUCCAGAGAAGUACGUGAGGUAUCUGGCAAGACAUGAGUACAGAGUUGGCAUUGAACAUACUGAAGGCGAAAAUCCCAACGCCUAUGCUGCAGCGACCUUUGUCUCUAAACCCAAAGAAGCUCCUAUACCAGAAAAGCCAGCUCCUGUAGCUGAAGAGUCAAGCUCAGACAGCGAUUAA